AUGACAUCAACUACAAGCGAUAUUGUCGCUCUGGGAUCUGUUAUAAAGGAUAGGUGGAAGGUUCACAAGAAGUUGGGAGGCGGUGGCUUUGGUGAGAUCUAUGAAGCCCUCGAUACCAUGACUCAACAGAAGGUUGCAAUCAAAGUAGAGUCAUCUCAGCAGGCCAAACAGGUUCUCAAAAUGGAGGUUGCUGUAUUAAAGAGGUUGCAGGGCAAGCCCCAUGUCUGUCGCUUUAUCGGUUGUGGUCGCAAUGAACAGUACAAUUAUAUCGUGAUGACUUUACAGGGCAGAAAUUUGGCAGACUUACGUCGUUCUACGCGCCGUGGCUACUUCUCCAUUUCCACAACAGUACGACUUGCCCGCCAGAUUCUAACCGCUAUUGAAAACAUUCACUCUGUCGGUUUCCUUCAUCGUGAUAUCAAGCCCUCAAACUUUGCACUUGGUAAUGGCACGGGACCUGGUUCAGUUAGCCCCAGAAGUAUUGUUAUGCUGGAUUUUGGACUGGCGCGUCAGUACACCACAACCAGCGGUGACAUUCGACCGCCUAGACAGGUAGCCGGGUUUCGCGGCACUGUUCGUUACGCCUCGGUUAACGCCCAUCUCAACAAAGAACUUGGACGUCAGGAUGAUUUGUGGUCACUAUACUACAUGCUGGCGGAGUUUAUAACUGGUGAACUGCCCUGGCGCAAGACCAAAGACAAGGAGCAAGUAGGCAUCAUGAAGCAAUCCUUCGAUCAGAACCAGCUGCUAAAAUUUAUGCCUCGGGAAUUUCGUGCCUUUCUUGAGCAUAUUCAAAGCUUGACAUACUUUGACAAACCAGACUACCAGUACCUCCAAUCCCUCCUCAACAACUACAUGGAACGGCGAUCCCUUAAUGAGGGCGAUCCCUAUGAUUGGGAGGUGUCGAACGACCACUCUGGUGCACUGAGCGAGACCAAUCAGCACCAUAUGAACGUGCCGGCAAACGGUGGACCUGACAACAACCGUGGAGCGACUAAUGGCGCAGACGCCAAGGCUGCCCGUGGGUCUGCGCUGGGCAACAACGGUCCUGCAGCUCCCACUCCUAGUGGCGCAGGUUUAGUCGUGACCAGUGGGUUCUUCUCAGGCGCUCGCGCAUUGGCCAGUUCCUCAAAGGUGCCAGCCGACGCCUCCGGGGUGACCAAUGGCGGAAAUGUGUGUGCUGGUGGGGCCGGGUCCGCACUUGGCGGCUCCUCACCCAACAUCUACAAACUCGCCAGCGGUGUGUCGAAACGCCCCAUCGAGGAUGCAAUUAUCAAUAACAACGGCGACCAGACACCGGGUAACCCCUGCCUCCGCAAAAUGCCUUACUCUUCCUACUUUCGUUCAGGCGGUGGUGGCAACACUACACCGCGCUUUGUUAAGGAUGCGAAGACGGCCUCGAGGACUCGAGAGGCUGUGCGCAACAUCGAUAACAAAGGCGGCAUCUGCAAACAGAGCAUUGCAAAGUCGAAAGAGGAGGCGGAGGGCGGGGUAAAGAAGCCACCUCUGGAAGAGACUGCUUCCAGAUCCGGUCUCUGGGGUCGGCGGCCGAUUAGUUCAAGCACAAAUAACAUCCGUAAUAGUGUUGGGCCUGCAGGGAGCUCUGCAAGUUUGACUAAUUUUGGCCGAAACGACACUAGUUGCACACAUGCCGUCGUUGUUAUGGUGGACCAAGGUGAGGCCAGUGGCUGCCCAGACAUGACCCGUGCUGCUGCAUUCACUCUUGGCAGUCAGUGGGCCACCGGUGGUGAUGGUGAAAGUGACAACGAUUCAAAAAUCUCUGAAGACGAGGGUGAAGCCGCAAAUGGCGCCUCCUCAACGAAGCGCCUCCAUGAAGUUAAUGGUGAUUCGCACAAUCUUCCCGAUCAUCUGCCGCCCCCUCAGUCUCCCGGUGAAGCUAAUGUCGAGGAUUCCAACAACAACCAUUGCUUUAGCUCUACGUUGUUAGUGGAGAAGAUUGCAGGCUCCCGGGUACAGAACUACAAAUCGAACCCUCCUCGUGUUUAUUUGCCCUCGGUCACUUCUCCAUCGUUUGCACCUCAACUCUACUCCCGCUCUCCCUCCAUCUCCUCUCAGGGCGGUGUUAGCAGGAAACUGCAGACCGUCUCCAAUCGUCGACGGAAACUGGCCUCGGACACCCGGCCGAAGUCGCGAACCCCUGAAACCGCGUCACUGUUGCCUCCGCGGUGCGGACCAGCUCCCACUAACGGCUCCUCAGUCUCAGCAGUGGUGACUCCGGGCAGCGAGAGCAGCGGCUACCACUCCGCAUACCACUCCGAUUAUCCCAUUCCGAUGGGGCAUAUUCGGUCGUGGCCGCCCGAGCUCUCGUCCCGCAAGCCCUCGUCGUCAACCCUCGCCAAUUUUGCAUUUCGUCGGGAAGGCGGCCUCCUGCCUAGCGCGCGCUUUCCUGUUCUCCAGCAGAAGCAAAACCUCUCUUUUGACAUCCUGAGCGCGGAUUUGCAAUCGGCCGCAACAACGGUUACGUGUGUCGUCACCACGGAGACGCCACGCCCUCCGCCUGACUCACUUUCCUCCUCCGGUUGCCAACGACGCACUCCCGAUGAGUCUCCCGAUGUCCUGGUUGCGACUGCCUUCUCCUCCACUAAGGGCUCAUUCCCCCACGACCAAGCUGAGGAAAUUUUGGUCGAAGAGAAGGGCUUCCUUGUGAGUUAA